AUGGAUCCUUCUAGUCCAGCUACGGACGUACUUCAGUCUCAACAGGGAACUAUCCAGCCAUCAGCUUUGUAUUCGCCAAGCUUAUUUAGCAAUAUGAGUCCACAGAUGGAAAAUGCUUCUCCUGCUUUGUCCAACUCUGGUGCCAAUUCUGGUGGAAAUCCAACAAAUGCUAACAAUUCUAACAUUAGUAUGAAUAGCCCGUUUAUGGGUGGUAUUUCUCAAGGAAGAUCUCAUAGCGAUGCAGCAAGUGUGUCACCUCAUCAGAGACCGACUCCAUUACCAGCUCAACUGCUACAGGAAGUACAUAGUGGCUCGAACUCUCCAAUGAUUGGCCAACAACAGGGUUUCCAAGGACAGUCGCAACAGCAGCAACAGCAGGCUAAUCAGAUGCAAAAUGCUGGUGGAAGAUUAUCAACUGGAACCCAGCCUGAUAACGGGUUGGGGUCUGAUAUAUCUCAGCAAUUUAAUGGUGGAAAUGAUCUGGGCCUUAUGUAUCAACAGCAAAUGUUGGGACAACAACAGCAGCAGACAAAUCAGAAUCAGAAUCAAAAUCGAAUGUUCCCAAACCAAAACCAGGCCUCGAAUCAGAACCAGAACCAGGGUCUCAAUCAAAAUCAAAAUUCAAAUCAAAACUUGCCUCUCAAUUUCAACCCCAACCAGGGCCAGAACCAAAAUCAACAUGGCCCUGGAAGUGGUCCUAAUCAGAUGCCUGGUCAAGUUCCGGGGCAAAUUCCUCCUGGACAAGUGCCUGGUCAAGGAGGACUUGGCAACCAAGGUUUCUUGAGUACAUUGACACCUGCUCAAUUACAGCCGAUACGUAAUCAGUUACGGUUAUUAAGUCCUCAGAAUCAAGAAGAGUUCAUUCGACGUUUAGGCAUGUUACCACCUCAGAACUUGAUACAAGCAAUUCAGCAAUUGGCUUCUCAGCAACAGAAGAUGGCUGCUGCUCAAAACAGCCGAAAUCAGGCUCAAGCUCGUAAUCAAAUGAACCAGCGACAACCAAAUCAACAACUGAACCAACUCAAUAACCAGCAAAAUCAACCGAAUGUACCUCCCGGUCAACAGAACCAAUUCCAAUUUGUCAUGCAACAGAACCGCCAGAAAUCUCCACAGGUAAAUGUAAACCAACCAUCGCAAAUCCCACCAAAUCAAAAGUAUCCAGCCGGAGGUCCAAGCGGUCCUAUGGGGCCCAAUAAUAGUGGCACCUCGGGUCCUGGCGGUUUGAACAUGUCGUCAGCAGCAGCAAGCACCAUGUCCAAGGCAGACCAGUUUGUCAAAUCUUUGUUUGAGUUUAUGCAACGAAGAGGCACUCCAAUCAACUCAUUUCCAACAGUUGGUGAAAGCAGAGUACAUCCUUUUGCCCUGUAUGCUACAGUAAUGAAAUUUGGAGGAUCUGCCAAAGUCACUCGUGCUCAGCAAUGGCCAAAUGUUACACAGGCUCUCGGCUAUAUGCCGUCAAUGAGUGAAGAGGUGUCUAGAAUUUAUAAUAAUAUUCUUCGACCAUUUGAGGAAUUUUUAUUAACCUCUCAGUUAAGAAACAAAGGACUGAAAGCCAAUCUCCCAGGACAAGCAGGUCAAGUACCUAUGGGUCAGGUUCCGAGUCCCAGCCCUGCUCAGGGUCCUAUUAAGGGUCCGGGUAUGGUUCCAGGUCAAGUGGCGGGCCCUGGUUCAAAUCAAGACUCUAACCAGGGUCCCAACGUCCCACAAACACCCUUUGGACAGCAAGCGCAACCUUCGCCACAGGUACCACAAUCUCAAAUGCCCAUGUCCAUGAUCCCUAUGCAGAUGGGGCAAACUCCCCAGACGCAAAUCCAGCAACAACAACCGCCCAGUGGACUGCGUCAAUCAGCUACUCCACAACCCCAAACAAAGGCUAGACAAACUUCGCAGUCAAGAGGCAAACAAACGGCAUCUCCAAUUCCAGUUCAUAUGCCCGGUCCAAUGCAAUCUCCAGCGGUGGGUGGAUCUCCUGAAGUACAGGCAAAACUAACACCAAGGAGAACUCCCAGUUCUCGAAAGUCAUCUACUGCAUCGUCACCUGCGUUAGUCCCUGUUCCUGCUCUUCCUGCUGCAUCACCCACUCCAAUCAUUAAGCCAAAGCAUUUUGUCCCCCAUGAGAAUAGGAAGUAUGCCCCAAAGAAGAGACUUGUUGAGAAACAUGGCGGGUAUGAUAUCCGAGUAUUGGCUGGUAUUGGUCGGGAAAUCGAGAAUAUUAGGAGUGACUUUCCGUUCACUCAUGAAUUAGGAACUUUUGAUGUUCAUGCUAUCACUAUGGCCGUGAAUUCGACGAUAGCCGGUGAGGUUAGACAGGCUCUAGAUAAACUGAUGGUAAUCACUGCAGAUCCACGAUGUUAUUUUAGCUUGGUCGAGUCCCCUGGUCUACUCACAGGCCUGGCCGAAUGUGGUUUAGUCAUUACCAAGGGCCUUGCUUCUAGUAAACCCGAUGGAAAAGCAUUGGCGACUACGAAACACUAUGACGUUAACGAUAGCUUAUUUGGAGAAGGGGUGAAAAGCAACAUUGAUGCAGUGUUUGAAAGCUACAAGAGCAAACUAGGAAAGGAAGAUGUUGAUUUGGUUAUAGACGUGGAUACUUUAACUGGUGUUGAGGUGGGACGAGUCGAAGACGAUAAGCCGACUGAGAAAAUUCAAGAAGAUGAUAUUUCGGUUCAUAAGAAGGCCGAAGGCCAAGAAAGUAAAGACACAAUUAAUGAAAAAGCUUCUGAACAGGAUGGCCUUAAACCUUUCGGAUUCACCAACUAUUUGACGCUACUCAAGAAGACCAGCUCUGAAAACGAAGAGCUUGAGUUCGACUACAAGACUCCAGAAAUCGAUCAGUUUUGGGUAACAGCCAGCGUUGACCGACUUUUAAGCAUCACCACUAUUCUUCGAAACCUGUCAUUUGUUGAUCAGAACCGAUCUAUUUUGAUAAACGAACCAACUAGUAGGGAAUUUCUAUUUGGUUUGUUGUAUUCAUUGGCAGAAAAUGCUAAUUUGCUACCAAAUUCCAAGCAGACUUUGGACCUUAUGAAAGAUUUGGUCACAAUAUUCUCAAAUUUGGCACCCGUGCUUAUUCUUGACUCUGCAAAGGAUGCAUUGGUUUUGUUGUUAUUUAUUCUUGCUUUUACACCUACCCCUAUUCCACUAACGACAUCAAAGGAUGGUAUUGUAUUCGGCAGGUAUACCCCUGUCGUCCACCGUUAUCUCCCAUACGCAGUAGACAUUCUCGCCAAGGUGCUUCCCAGAGAUCCGCCUAAUAGAGACUUGUUCGAAUCAAUAUUUUUAGGCACUUGCACGAAUUUUGAAUACUUGCAACUGUUACAACGGUACUUUAAUGGCCGUCCUGCUGACCCAUAUGAAUUAAUGACUUGUGCUUUUGGUCUAGUUAUCAGUACAGUGCCUCACGAUGAUCUUAGUGUUAUUCCCCGAGGAUUAGAGCUGGCCAGGCCAUUACUCCACCAGAGUCUGUUAGUGGCAGAAAUGCUAGCUGAAAUGAUCAAGUUUGAAAAGCCAACUCGUUCUAAUACAAAUGGAACUGUUGAUGCUGAUGAGGACAAUGAUAUUGAAAUGUCAGAAUCUGAUAAAUCCUUUGGAAAGGAGAAAGAGCAAAAUAAUUUAAGCGAUUUCUUGAAAGAGUUCAAAGAGAAAAAGGCCAACUACAAUCUAGCUUACGAGUGGCUAAGCGCUAGUGACGGUUUUGGACAUGCUCUUCUCCGUGCUGCCUGUGCGCUUGGUGCUGUUGUUGGCAACGGUCGUGCCAGGGAUGAAGAAAGAAAUCCGUUUGCGAGAAUUACUCAACGUAGUAUCACUGUACUACGAAUUCUUGGCAAAAAAGCAAUGGAGUAUGACUCUCAGGACGGUGCGCUUACUGGUUCAGAAAAGGCGAUAGUUCAACUACCUUCAGGCGUAUUACCUACUAUUGAAGCUCUACUUGGUGCCAUGCUGGCCAGUGAAAUGGACAAAUAUGUAGUUGGCCAAAUUUGUAGAUUUUGUGACGAAGGAAACGAACAUUUAAUCAAGGCGAGCAGUUCAUUGGAACGACCAUGA